ACGAGCGUGCGGAGACGACUCGCGCCAGAACUCACUUCCUAUUCACAGCAUUUCACCGACCGUGGGCGAGCCAAUGCAAUAGGUCCAGCGCUUCUCGUCGGUGCUUUGGCGCCGCCGCCUGUCAGACCAACUUCUCCCUCCCUUGGGGUACUUACGCACACCCCCGACUACACGCAUGUUUCAUUCGAGUCCUGCUGCCGCCGACAGGACCAUCCAUAUCGAGAUAGAAUCGUAUCAAUAUCGCCACUCGCCGCAGUCGCCCCUUCCUUCUGUUGCGCGCGCACGCCGUUCCCGACCAGAGCACACGACACGACACCCACCUAGCACAGACGACCGAACGAGACCACGAACGAUUUCGCUUCGACCCACAGCAUUUUAUAGCAGUCGUGCCGGCCACGCGAGACCGCUGGAAUAACAACUGGGUCUACACGUCAAGGAGGCUGCCGAGCCGCACAUAUACCACCCAUACCACCUAGUAGGGGCCUAAGUGAACUCCAAUGACGGCCGUCGCUUCUGCUUUCCAGCCUGCGACUACCAAACUAGGAUGGACAUCUAGCGGCAACAACCCUUUCAGCUCUGAGAUGUUCGGGAACGCAGGACCACGCAAGAACCUGUCACGCCAGAAUUCCAGCUCCAGCAUAGCUUCCACCGCAUCUUCCACCUCCACCGUAUCCGCCACAUCUACGUCAGCGAAUGGUGCCGUACAGCCGGUAACAUCAGAUACAAGUAAUUGGGCAGCGCGGAAGAAGCCCACGCGUGGGCUUUGGCCGCCUGGGAAAGCUGAGCCAGUGGCGGGCAUAUCGACAGCAAGACCUCAGCCUGUGAGCUCGGCCACAUCCGGCGCAACAGCUUCUUCUGCCAUAUCCGCACUGCAUGCGCCGUUAUUGCCAUCGCAGCAAAUGGCAAAUGGAAACGGACAGGCCAAUGGCGUACUCGCCCGGGAAAUUGUGCAGCAGAUGCCACCCGCCAUACUCCAUUUAUCUCCUAUGAACGGCACUUUCGAGCGCAAAACUAUAAAUGUGCCGUAUGCACCGGACUGCAUGCGUAUUGGUCGACAGACAAAUCAGAAGACUGUGCCUUCACCAGUGAACGGCUUCUUUGACUCGAAAGUGCUGUCAAGACAACACGCAGAAAUAUAUGCCGAUCGACAAGGACGCAUAUUCAUCCGCGAUGUCAAGUCGAGCAAUGGCACAUUUGUCAAUGGCAUUCGCCUCAGCCCGGAGAACAAGGAGUCCGAGCCACGCGAAUUACGAGAGCACGAUAUUCUGGAGCUCGGCAUUGAUAUCGUCUCCGAGGACCAGAAGACAGUUGUACACCAUAAAGUUGCGGCAAAAGUCGACAAUGUCGGUGUGUAUCCAGAUAACACGGGUGCUUUGAGCUUUGGCGACCUUGAUCCAAGUGCAGGGCAAGGGUUCUCGCAACAAUUCAGUCGAAGGAGCAGUCAGGGUUCGGUCAACUCCCGACUGGCUGCCAAUCCUGCAGUAAGCCAAGCUGCCUUGAACAUGGGAUUGGUCAAUCAGCCGCAACAUAUGAGGAAUUGGCUGAACCCGAUCACCACCGAACACAUUGUUCGUAAACUAAAUUAUGAGAUGAAACUUGCUGUACAUCAAUCGCAGGAAAUUGCUCGGGCUAGGCAAGCCCUUGAGAACAUGCUCGGCGGCAAAAUUGAGCCACCUGCCUUGGAGAAGCCAAAGACAGGCUCUGAGAGGUCACGGCCUUCUCCCACCAAAUCGAAGCUCGACCUGAAGGCGCACUUUUCGGAACCUCCAGCGCCACCACCCCAAGCACCGCUACCAGAAAAGCCCGAUGUAGCACGCGCUCUUGCAGAUCCCGUUAUUCAGCCUCUACUGCGUCGCACCGACACAGCCAGGCCGCAAUCAUCGAGUAGUUCUCCUACCAGAACCGAUCACUCCAGUGACAUUCUGCGACUGUGUGAGGAGCUGAAGCUGGCGAAAGGCGAGCUCAGCAGCCAAAGCGAACGUAUGAAGACGCUGGAGCAUGAGCUCGCACAAGAGCGCAUGGCCCGUGAAAAUGCGGAAGAGAGAGCACAGCGACUGGAAGAGGUCGACAGACGUGACUCACCCACGAACGAAGGCCACCCGAGUGGCGAUAUCAGCCCAAGCACAUCUACAGGCACGACCAGCGUGGAUACUAAUCCGGCUUCGGAAGUGCAGGCGCAGCUCGAUCGACUUCGCGCUCAGGUGGAUGAAAUGAAGCAACAAAUGGAGGUCUAUCGACAGCGUGCAGAGAAGGCCGAAACCGAGCGGGACGUCGCCCACCAAACCCUUGCCGAGAUGGUGGAGCAGAAAAGACGGCAAUAUGCGGAGGAAGCAAGCGAGACUCUUCGCUCGCCUGCUAAAACUCACAGCUCACCUUCUAAGCGUCCACCUCAGCUGGAUGGCGUGGCAAUGCAGCCGAACGGUCACGCAGUCUCGCCCCCUUCGCAGUCCAGUCCGACUUCUGGAACACUGAUGGAACGUGCAGGCGUAGAAGAUGGCCAACCUAUCACACAGGAACAAGCCAAGAUGAUUACACAAUUCUUGGCACAGGAAGUCCUCGGAUCCGAUCCUUCGAAAAUGCGACAACAUGAUGCCGACAGUGCUCUACUCUAUUAUUCUGUGCCGUAUGGCAGUUUUGCUGCUGUGGUACUUGUUGGGUAUCUUGCAAUGACUUAUAUUAACGGCUGGCCCAAGAUUGAGCGCUGACAUGGCGCUGAAUGGAAGGGUUGAUGAACCGCGCAUCUUCUGAUGCCAUCUUGAAUGCUAAGGUGUUCUACGAUUGGCCAUGAUGCAGCCGAAGGGCAUCCUGGUGUCCACGAGGAUUGUUAGUCCGCCAUCAGCUACCUGCGGGCUAUGUUACUUGGCACUAUCUGGAAUUGCUCAUGGCAUGACAAAUUCAGAUCCCCAUGGGGAUUCUGUGUUGAUCCGACUCGUGCUAUAGCUUCAACGAAAGUGCACCGUAGGCGCAUGUUGAUGGCGCCUGUUCGCGAAGAACAAGGCGAAUGGCCAGUCUCUGCCCACGUCGAGACCGAGACGCGAAUUGCGGGCAGAAGGGGAGCAUGGAGAAGAGGGAAGGGAAAGGGAGGGGAGAGCAGAGGGUUCACUUGAAUAAAAACCGAGCAUGACGAUUUGCUUUUUGGACGGGUGCAUACAGGUGACAGGACCAUGUCAUAUGGGACACGAUAAGAUCAGCUCGGCUGAAGACGAGGGCGGCGUCCCUCAACAAUUGGACGCAUUGUUGGAGAAUCAAGGAGUCUACACCAUCGUUUGGGUUUUUUUAUUGGGGCUUGGGGGAGACUGCCGGAUGGAGCUCGGGAGGGCGAGCAAGCAUAACAACAUGGCUGGAAGCGACACACUCAUUCGCUGAGACGAUUCUUACUAACUACUCAUACUGUACUUUGUUCCCUUGUGUUGUAUAUAAGGUUGUAGAUCACAUUCCCCUCUUCCCACGAGCAAUUGGGAACCGAGCGGGCGAUGAAUGAAAGCUUCUUCCUCUCAAAUUCAAGUGUUUCACUCUCUCGAAUGCUCUUUUGUUUUCUACUUCACCAGAAUCUUUCUUUCACCCUUUUGCGUUCUCUUCCAUAUAUGCCCCUCGUGAUACCACCUUCCAGUUCACCCGCCCUCCAUCUGAACUUGGGACCAUCCCAACUCUGGGCAGUCUCGUUGUUGUCGUUAUGGUAUAGUAUGGUAUGUACCUGUACCUUCCACCUUUCCUCAGUGCAGUGCAGUGCAGUGCAGUGCAAGCUGUAAAUCCGACCGGCUGCCGCCACGACCACCACUUUGAGCUCUCCUUCCGUUCAUUCAGUCAUUCAUCCAUCCAUCCCGUCCGAACUGGUGCCUUGUGCUAAGGUUGCUGACACUGCAGAACUUGCAUUGAGGGGUAAGGUAUGCAAUCAAUGUAUUGUCGUCGUGUUUGGUGUUUGGUCGGACUAGCUAGUUACCUAAGGUAAGGUAGUAACUAGAGCUUUUGGAGAGUAGGAUUUUCACUUGACUUGGAUAUCGUGAGGGACCGGUCCUCUCGGAUGGAUGGAUGGAUGGAUGGAUGGAUCAGUGAGGAAGUUUUCUUUUUUGGGUUGGAUCCAAAAAAAAGGUAAGGUGAGGUGAGGUAAGGUAAGGUCAGGUAAGGUCAGGUAGGUCUCGUGUCGGACGAGGAAAGUCAGGUAGGUCCUGAUGCAACUGGUGGAUCUUGCAGUGGUUUUCUGUGUGAUGGCUAUGUGGAUGAUGAUGACGAUGUCUGAUCUGGCGGAUUCUCUUUUGGACAUCUCGAGGCCGUUGUUGGUUGGUUGGUCGGUCGGUCGGGUGGUGGAUGGAAGGUAUAGAGGUAGUACCGUAUCGUAUCGGGCAAAGCGGGUAAGCUGCGGCGGGUGUUGUUACAGCACUUUGUUGCAUGUCCAUGCGGCAGGAUUUCGUCUCUCUCUCUCGACAGAGAAAAUGUCUUUUUCUCAGGGACGCCGACACGAGAGGAGGUCGUCUCAUAUACCAUGGAUGGACAGACUGCCUCUCAUGCCGGUUUGUUGAUAGCAUCGCCACGAGCCCCGGUCCAAUUUCCACCACAGGAUCGAUACGGCUUCUUGAGGAACGGGUCGCGGCGUAUCUCCGAGACGUAGAAGCAGCAUGACUUUUGCAAGACCCGCGUCUUCGUCGAGGUCGAUGGUGACGUUCGACACGUCGAGCAAUCGCGUCCGGGUGUUUUUGCGAAAGUGGCUGACGAAGGCCUCGCGGCUCUGGACCAUGCCUAUGCUUCCAUCGGGAAGCUCAAUUUGACAUUUGAAGUCGGGAGUCACGAGCUGCUGGAAGACGGGGUCUGCGUAGUUUCGGGUGCCCAUGAUUUCUGCGAACUUGAGCGAGCGGGUCUCGAGGUCUUUCGUCGCAGACCGGGAGGAACUUGUGGCAUCUGGCGGAGAGGGUGAGGGUCGGAGAAUAUCUAGGGAAGAAGUCAUUCUUGUAUGUAUUGUGGACACCUGAGGUGGAC